AUGACUGCAGGCGGCCAGCAGAUCGAGGUCCUCCUCUAUGGGCUGGGGGCUAUUGGAUCAUUUUAUGCCUUCAUUCUCAGCAGAGUACCCAAGGUCAGAUUAACGGUUGUUGCGAGGUCGAAUUACGACGCAGUGAAGGAGAAUGGAAUCGCCAUCGCCAGCGAGAACCACGGCGAGCACACCGUACGCCCUUACCGAGUCGUGAGGAAUGCCGCAGAGGCAGACGCAAAGUUUGACUACAUUGUCUGCGCCCACAAGGCCAUCACGCAGGAUGCAGUUCCCGCAGAAAUCGCCCCGGCAGUAGAUGCAGAGAGAUCCACGAUUGUCAUUAUUCAGAACGGUGUCGGUAACGAGGUGCCGUUCCGUAAGGCAUUUCCCCACACAACAAUCAUUUCAUGCGUGACCUGGACCGGAGCCGCUCAGCCGCAGCCCGGACACAUCAAACACACAAAGUCCGAAGACAUGCAAAUAGGAUUGUAUCCGAAUGACACAUCCCAGGCAGUGGAGCAACAGCGGCUGGAUGAGUUUGCGUCUCUGUUGACGGAGGGCAAGACCGUCUUCCAGGUGGUGCCCAACAUCCAAGUCCAGCGAUGGGAAAAGGUAGUUUGGAAUGCCGCCUGGAACUCGCUCACGACAUUAACACUGCUCGACACCCACUCAUGGCUGAGCUCCUCAGCCGACGCUACCCCAAUGACCCAGCGCCUGAUGAGAGAAGUCAUUGAUGUCGCUAAGGCAUGCAAGGUGCCCAUCGAGUAUGACCUGGUCGACAAGCUGAUCGACAAGAUCUUGGCCAUGCAUCCUAUCGGUAGCAGCAUGCAAAACGACUUCAAAGCCGGGCGGCCGAUGGAAGUGGACAUCAUCCUCGGUUACCCCUACCGAAAGGGCAAGGAACUAGGCAUAGCUACCCCAACGCUGGACACCAUCUAUGUCAUUUUGACUGGGACAAACCUUCGUCUCCUAAGGGAGUCUGGGCGCUAG